AUGUUGCUUCACAAUAAAGAAAAUAUUGAAGUAUCAACUAAUGAAACAUCAUCUAAUGAAGUUUUAUCUAAUAAAGUAUCAUCUAACAAAGUAUCAUCUAAUGAAGUAUCAUCUAAAAAAACUAAAUAUAAUGAUACUCAUAGAGGUAAUGCUGUUAGAAGCUGGAUCUGGCUUUAUUUUAAACCAGAAUAUGAAGAAGGUAUAAGAUUUGCUAUUUGUCAAGUUGUAAAAGUAAAUGGAAUAAAAUGUGGUAUAAAAUACAAAAUCGGUACAUCUACUAGUAAUUGCUCUACUCAUCUUAAUAACAUUCAUG